GGCCAGCGGCGGUGAGCGGCCUAGCGGUGACCUCCAGCUCCAGCAGCAGCCUGGAUCUUUCCUGGCAGGCCGGGCCGGGCAGGACGCAGCGCUUCAGGCUGCAGCUGUGGGAUCAAACAGGUGUGCUGAGGAACGAGACGUUGGAGAGCACGGCGACGCACCACGCGCUCCUCGACCUGGCGCCGGGGCGACUGUACAACGUUACCGUGGUGACGGAGGCCGGCGGGCUGCAGAGCGGCCGGACGACGACGGCUCGGACAGCUCCCGCCGCCGUCUCCAACCUCACCGCCGACCACGGCGACGGCACCGGCUUGCUGUUGUCAUGGGAACAGCCCGCGGGCGACCUGGACGCGCUCGUCGCCGCCGUCUCGACCAAUGGCACGAGCCGCUGGGAGAGGACGCUCCCGCCGGACGCCACCGAGGUCGUCGUCGACCGGCUGACUCCCGGCUCGGCCUAUCAGGUCGUGGUGACGUCCAGGAGUGGCGAGCUGACGAGCCAAUCAGAAAUCAGUGCCAGGACAACUCCGGCGGCGGCGUCCUCCCUCUCCCUGUCUCCCCCCCCCUCCGGCGGCGGCGGCGGCCUCCUCCUGUCUUGGUCGCCCCCCGCUGGUUGCUGGGAGAGCUACAAGCUGCUCCUGUUCGACGGCUCGCAGAUGUUAGUCAGCACCGUUCUCGACCGAGAGGCGACGAACUUCAGCUUCCCUGGGACGGGACUAACGCCUGGGAGGCUGUACAGAGCUGAGCUACGAGUGCAGAGCGGAGGAUUGACGGCCGAGAGCAGCUGUGAAGGAGCAACAGCUCCGGCCCCGGUGUCGGACCUCCACGUACGACACUCGGACGAGACGUCGCUCAGCGCCAUGUGGAGCCACGCCCCCUCCGGGUCACGUGACAGUUACUUCCUGACCCUUCGCCACGGUAACGUCACCGUGGAUACCAGGGAGGUGGAGCCAAACAUGAGGGAGUGCACGUUCAACGUGCUCACGCCUGGGCGGCUGUACACCAUCACCGUGACAACCAGGAGCGGGAAACUGAACACCUCUGUGUCACUGGAAGGGAGGACAGUUCCCAUGGCGUUGCAAGCGAUUACUCUGAGAAGCUCCGGGGUCAACAGCCUUCAGGCAUCAUGGGAAAAACCACCUGGAGAUGUGGACUCGUUCACUCUGACUCUCCUGCAGGACAGUGUCGUGGUUCAGAACUACAGCGUUCCGGUUGGUUCUUCUUCUCUGCUUGUCGCUGGGUUGACUCCCGGCGCCCUCUACCGGCUGCAGGCCACCGCCGUCAGCGGGGGGGUGCGCUCCACAAGCACCAGUCUGGAGGCACGCACCGCCCCGGCGUCGGUCUCCGUGGUUACUGUUACUAACGGCGGCAGCUCCGACGCCCUGCGGGUGUCGUGGCGCCCGGCGGCGGGCGUGGUGGACAGCUACCUGGUGCGCCUGCAGGACGGGGGACGGAGCGUCCACACGCUGGCCGUGUCCCCGUCCUCGCCGCCCGAGUGCUCCUUCAGCUCGCUGGUCCCCGGCCGCCUGUACGCCGUCGUCAUAGUGACGAGGAGCGGCGACCUGGAGAACGCCACCGCCGUGCAGACGCGCACACAGCCGGCGACGGUGCGCGACCCGACAGCCGUCCACUCGGCGAGAGACGACUUCCUCAAGGUUUACUGGCGUCACGCACCCGGAGACCUGGACCGCUACGUGGUCCUGAUCCGCUACAACAACAGCGUCCUGCAGAACAAGACCGUCUCCGCCGCGCGCAACGAGUGCGUCUUCUCGUCCCUGUCGCCGGGGAGACUCUACACCGUCAUGGAAACCUGGAGCGGGGACUACGUCGGCAGCGUCUCCACCGACGGACGCACCUUUCCGGCCGCUGUUGGAAAUCUGUCUCUGGACAGCGCGGGGACGGGGGACCUGACCGUCCGCUGGAGCCCCGCCCCCGGAGACGUGGACCACUACGAGGUGACGCUGCUCUUCAACGACACCCGUGUCUUCCCCCCGGCGACGCUGGGCAGCGGCGAGCGGCGCCACCGGCUGACCUUCCUGACCCCGGGGCGGCUCUACAAGGUCGUGGUGUCGACCUUCAGCGGGCCGUACCAGAGGGCGCAGCACAUCGAGGGACGGACAG